GGUUAGAUUGUAAUUUGUAGCGAGCGGAGCACCCAAAAACAGCCAGAGUUAGGGUUCCAGAUCUGAUUUCAUCAUCAGGAGCGAAAGAAAUCGAAAAUGGCGAUGAGGACCUUCUACAACGAGAUAAAGGGCAUGAAGGUGAAGGAAUUGCCGGUCUACCUUAAGCCCAUGUUCACCAUCGAUUACCUCAAGAACAGCGUCAAGCGUGGCCUGGAUAAUUACCAUGCCAAGUACAUCGAGACCAGCUCCGUUGACCCUCUUUAUCACAUCUGCUUCGGUGGCAUGAUCUUCUCCUACCUCGUCGCCCUGCCAGAGGAGCGCCGACACCUCGAGCACCAGCAGCAACACGGCGCUCAUUGAUCCGUCGUCGUUUCAGGUCCCCCCGACACCUCCUGCUUCAACCAAAAGAAUGUGCGAUUCAUGUCAUGGGGGAAGCGCUGCAACUUUAUUGGUUGUGUUUGUUUCUUUUUACAUGUACCUUAUUUGAUACUGGAGGAUAUGCGCUGGUACGGGCGAACCACCACCGAUGCAAAUAAAUUUGUUAAAGUUUGAUGGUCUAUAAUUUUACCCUCAGGGUAAAGGAUUCGUUUUGAGCUUUUGUUUCUUUAAAUCAUAAUUUUGGAACAUUACCUGACUGAAGCAGAUGUGGGGAGAUUGUGAUUGGGAAA